ACACUUUAACAGCGGUAAGAAAAACGUGAAGCGUGGGGCCUGUGACGUCAUAUUCCUGCGACCCGGCUCCCAGGAGAAAGUUGGCUGAGUAGAAGCAUGGGGUUCUUCUACACUGUUCCACUGUUAGCAGCUUUCUUGUUUGCAGUACCUGGAUCAGGUGUGGAGUUGGUGCAGAAACAGCAGCAGGUGUGUCUCAGCUCUGAGUUCAGCUGCUCUGAUGGACAGUGUGUGCAUCACUCAGGGAGAUGUGACCACUAUGAAGACUGUGACGACGGCAGUGACGAGAAGAACUGUGAGGAGAACGAGUGUGAGGUGAAGAAUGGCGGCUGUUCUCAUCGCUGUGUGGACGAGCCUCUGGGCUUCAGGUGUGACUGUCCUCCUGGCAUGAGACUGGUGCAGGACACACACUGUGAAGAUGUGGACCCGUGUCUGGAGGUGGACGUGUGUGAUCAGGUGUGUCUUCAUUCUAACGGCUCCUUUGCCUGCGAGUGUCGUCAUGGUUAUAUGAAGAGCUCAGAUAGUGGGCGGUGCCUGGCUGCAGGGGACACAGCAGUAGUGAUCUUCAGUAGCAGUGAGGGAAUCGUGUGGAUGAAGCCUGAUGGCUCUGAGAUGAAAAAGAUCACCAACUGGACCGGAACAUCAGGAGCUUUAACCUCUCACACUGCUGAUAACACACUGUACUGGGCCAACACUGACCACACACACAUCUACAGGCUGGUUCUGGAUGCAGGAGGUCAGGAACCCUCUGUGAUGUUCUCAGGGGUCAGUGGGAUUGUGGGCCUGGCAGUGGACUGGAUUAAUGAGGUUCUGUACUGGACCAGUAACAGUACUGGAGCUGUUCACGCUGCUGCACUGAAUGGAACCGAACACACUCCUCUCAUCUCGGGUCUGUCCACUCCCACCGCCGUCGCCGUGCAGCCCGUGGUGGGGUCAGUUACCUGCAGUUUCCUGUUCUGGGCCGACGCUGGACUUUCUCCCAGAAUCGAGCGAUCAGGUCUGAAUGGACAGGACAGGAAAACCCUGGUCACCUCCAUCAUUCAGAACCCCAUCUCCAUCGCUCUCGACGUUCCUCGCGGGCUCCUGUACUGGGCCGACUCGGGCCUGAACACCGUGUCGAGGGUGGCGUACGACGGCCUGCACAGAAAGACGGUGGUGGAAUCAAACGGUUAUCUGAACCAGCCAUUUGGACUGGCCGUGUUUGAGAGUGAUGUGUACUGGAGUGACAGGUUUAAAGGAGCGAUCUGCCGUGCUGAUAAACACGAUGGGAUGCUGCUCAAAGUCACGCUGGUCUCUGGAGUGACCUCUCCAGCUGGAUUACUCGUCUUUCACCGGCUCCUGCAGCCUACAGAUACGACGACGUCUCCAGCUAAAUCUUCCAUGCUGGGCUCAGACUCCGCCUUCCUCUGGAUCCUCUCUCUGAUUGUUUUCUGCUGCGUUCUCUUCGCCGCUCUGUUCCACUGCCAGAGGACCGGAACCUUCUCCUCAUCUCUGUCCCGGUUCUCCGAGGAACCCGCCAUGAAGGAGUCGCAGGACCCGCUGGUGGCAUCAGGAGACCCGGAGGCUCGAGCAGACGGAGACACGCCCCCUGUACCUGUCUGAACCACAAGACACUUCAACUGACAGGAGGAGAGACCAAAGCUGCCGAGUGUGUGUGUGUGUGUGUGUGUGCGUGUGUGUGUGUGUGUGUGUGUGCAUGCAUUUGAGUGUGUGCGCGCGCGCUCGUGUGCAUAUGGGUAAGGGUGUGUCUGAGUGUGUGUGUGUGUGUGAGCAGACUGUGUGUGUGUGUGUGUGUGAGAGCAUGUUUGCGUGUGUGUGUGUAUACGCGUACAUGUGUUUGUGUGUUUGAGGUUUGUGUGUGUGUGCAUGUGUAUGUGUGUGCGUGUACAGGAGGAAGAGGUCAAGUCAGUUCCUCAGUUGCUGCAGGCAUCAAGUCUUUGAGACUUUAAGAUCAGAGUUUGUUCUUCGUGGUGGGUGUGGGUGUGGUUUAGUGAGUCACACUGAGGAUGGAUGUGAAUGUGGUUUUUUUUGAGAACAGUGUGUGGUAGUUGUAUUUAUUAGAUAAAUAUUUAUUUUCUGUUUCUGUAGAUCUGCUGAGAAAAUAAAGAACAAUCACUUGA